CCCGCGGUAUCUGGGCUCUCUGUUUGUCUCCUUCGUUUCUGCAUCAACCCAUUUUCUUCUUCUUUUACGUCACUUCAAUCUUUUUCCAUUGUACAGAAUUUCUAUUGUCCAAAUUUCGUUUCCCCACGAUGGGAACUGUUGAGUGAGAGAGGAAGGAGCCAAGGAGGCACAAUGUUAGAAGAAACGAACAGUAUACCGAGACCCAAGUACCGCAAUAUCAUGCAUUCGGAUCCCAAUCUUUCCUCUUCAAUCCCAACCGAGGAUGAUUACCCCAUCCGCAACAGCAGUGCUUCCGCCGCCAGUCCUGGUUUCUACGACAACCGCCUGAGCGGAGAAGGCUCUCCAAUGACCAUGUCUCCUUGGAACCAGACUUCUUCUGAGGCCAAAUCCUCAUGGUCCCGAUUCGAAGAAAACCUGCCUCAGAAUGGCCUUAUCGGAUCCCUGACUCGCGAAGAAGGCCAUAUUUACUCCUUGGCCGCUACCGGCGAGCUCUUGUACACAGGCUCAGAUAGCAAGAAUAUUCGUGUUUGGAAGAAUCUGAAAGAGUUUUCUGGAUUCAAAUCCAACAGUGGACUUGUAAAAGCCAUAGUAAUCUCGGGGGAGAAGAUUUUCACUGGCCACCAAGACGGAAAGAUAAGAGUUUGGAAGGUCUCCCCCAAGAACGCCAGCGUUCACAAACGAGCAGGAACUUUACCAACUUUAAAGGACAUAUUCAAGAGCUCAAUCAAUCCAAGCAAUUACGUUGAGGUGAGACGGCGCCGUUCUGCUCUCUGGAUCAGGCACUCCGAUGCCAUAUCGUGUUUGAGCUUGAACGAAGAGCAGGGCCUUCUGUACUCGGCUUCCUGGGACAGAACCUUUAAGGUUUGGCGAAUAUCUGAUUCCAAGUGUCUGGAAUCCAUCAGUGCGCACGACGACGCCGUCAACUCCGUAGUGGCCAGCAGUGAGGGCAUGGUGUUCACCGGCUCCGCCGAUGGCUCCGUUAAAGUUUGGCGAAGGGAGUUGCAUGGGAAAGGGACAAAGCACGCGUUCGUACAAACGCUUCUGAAGCAAGAAUGCGCGGUGACGGCGUUAUGCGUGAACACGUCGGGCUCGGUGGUGUACUGCGGGUCCUCCGAUGGACUGGUCAACUUCUGGGAACGUGAGAAGCAGUUAUCUCACGGUGGGGUGCUGAGAGGGCACAAGGUGGCGGUCCUCUGCCUCGCGGCCGCAGCGAAUCUGGUGUUCAGCGGGUCUGCGGAUAAGACCAUAUGCGUAUGGAGGAGGGAAGGAGUGGUGCACACGUGUCUCUCAGUGUUGACUGGUCACACAGGACCAGUCAAAUGUUUAGCGGUUGGGGAGGACAAGGAAUCCACGGCUAAGAAUCAACGCUGGGUAGUGUACAGCGGGAGUCUUGACAAGUCAGUGAAGGUGUGGAGCGUUUCGGACAUGGGGAUUGAUCCGCAACAACAGACUGUGGAGGGUGGCGUCUCCUCAUUCCCAUCGGAACAGACUGAUUCCGUUUCUUCUCCAGGCGGAGGAGGCGGCAGCCACAAGAAGAGGUGAUGCCCUCCCACCACAUCAAAAACCUCUGCAUUAUUACAUGCCACGUGUGCACUCGCCCCUAGUUACUUACGAGUUUUUACUAAAAACUUGUGAUCUUCUCCUUACACGUGUAAAUGUACACUCUUAUGUUCCUGGGGUUACGUUGGAGGAAGGUAAAGCAUUGCUGCAUAGGGAGGGGGCGUUUUUAGAAGUGAAAUUAAUUAAGAAUUCUCUGGCUUUAAAUUACUGGAAGCCUGACCCAGUUGGCUGGUUGAAAAAAAAAAAAAAAAAAAAACUGGAAACCACAAUCUUCCACAGUGUUUCCAAUGCAUAUGCUUCUGAUUUUUAUUUUAUAUAUGAUAUUUAUUCUGAAUCCAUAAUAUAGUAUCGUUAAAUAAUUAUUUCA